AUGAGGGAAUGGGAGAAUAGGAAUUGUGGGUUGAGGGAGCUGGAGGAGGUGGCUGGCUCUUCAAGAACAAGAGAACAGCUCAUGCCAAGGCUGGGAGGUAGAGCUGGAUAUGACUGAUGGGCCAGCGACAAAGCACAGAGUGGGCAGGAAGAGGCUGGGAAGUCCCACCAGGGUGUGGCUGAAAGCUCUUUGAGGGCUAGGGGCUGGGCUGGGGACAGCCGUGCUGUGACAGCCUCUCCUGCUCCAGCCCUGCAGCUGGUGAGCAGUAAGAGGGACUUGGUUCUGGUGAAGGAGGCGCUGAGCUGGUACGACGCCCAGCAGCACUGCCGGCUGCACUACACAGACCUUGCUGACCUGCAGCCAAGUGACCUGUUGAAUCUCUACUCCCUCAUGACCAGCACCCAGGCUUGGAUUGGCCUCUUCUUCGACGCAAGUACUUCUGGCCUGAGAUGGUCCAGCGGCUCCACCUACACAGCCCUGGAGUGGGUUCCGACGCUGCCCGAAUUCGGGGUGGGCAUCUGUGCCACGCUGUACACUCGGCUGAAAUUCCCCUCCAUAGGGGCCAACUCCUGCACAGCCCAGAAUCCCUUCUUCUGCUACUAUGGUGUGUUCACAUUCAUAUUUCAGGCUUGGUCUUCCCCCUAGGGGCCUCGCUCUGUUGCCCAGGCUGGAGAGCAGUGGCGGGAUCAUAGCUCACUGUAA